GUCGCGGACAUUGAUGAGCGGGUUCGGGUUCAGGUUGUUGUUCCUCACCCGGUUCGGGUUGUUCGGCUGAUUCUCCGACAUCUUCCUCAACUCCGCCUGAUGAUCAGAUUUUUAUUUUUGAUUCACGGUCAAUACUUGAUAUCACAGAUUUUGCCGAUCUAAUAAAAAGCCCCUGAAACUUGACAACAGGCUUGGAGAUUGUCAGCUCAACCACGGGGUUGCCUUGGUGUUACGACGAUGCGAAGGGUCGGUCUGUACCAGAGAGGGGAAAAGGUGGAAAGGAUACCAUCCCCACAACUGAAUAUCAGCCUGCUGGUGAGCCGGUGCCUCAGCAUCGGGACCGGUUCAUCAGUGAAACGCCGAGUCGCCAAAGUGGCCAAAACCAGGAGGAACUGGAGAGCCAGCAUGCAGCAUUCGACCUUACCGGCCAUUGCAUCUCCCCAGAACAUCCAGAUACCAGAAGUGAGGUGCGCUGGGGGGCUCGGUAACUCUGAAAUCCGUCCUGUCUCUCCACCACAUCUGCCUCCCGGCAAUGUGCAGAGAAUCACCGUUGACCUCCGAGCGGCUUUAGCGAGGGUCCAUGAGCCCAGUGAGCGCCCAGCGGAGACCGUGGACAAACGCACCGUGUCGGAUGAGGUGGACAGGGUCGUCCCACCGAACCCCGCGGACACGUUGGCAUUUGACAGAAGUCAGCAGCCGGCAGACGCCCGUAUCUGGAAACCUCUUCCACACUCAGUGUCCAGAAGAAGUCGGAGUAAGAAAGGUUCCUUUGAACUUUUGAAAAUCAACAUGUCCUUGCCACCAAUCGUGGAUCCUCCCGGUGGGCGGGAGCCGCCUCCCAGCGGCGCUCUCACUCCCUCAGCCCGCAACCCAAAGGUCGGCCUCCUCCAAGUCACUAAAGAUGGUAUCCUGGCAAACCCAGACCUUGUCUUUCACCCCGUGAGGUGCCAAAGUAACCGAUUAGUCUCGUUCCCGAAGAUAUUCCUCACACCUAGUUUGGAGGACGCCUCGGCGGCUGAUGAGUGUGCAUCGAGGCAUGAGAGCGUCUUGACCAACCCGCAGAUUAAGGAAAUAAAUCAGAGUUCUGAGCAAUCUGUUGAGGAUUCCACCAUCCCCUUUCAUCAGCUGCUACACCAAAUGAGGAAAAGAACAUCCAGUGCAAACCAUGUGCUGAUUACAGAGGUACUGAAGUCUUUGAGGGAGGAACUAUGGUCAACAUCACAACAACCCAAACACGUUGGCCAGAAUGAAAGAGAUGCUAUUGGUCCUCUAUAUAACAGAAGAAGUGUUCCACUCUGUAGAAGGGCUGAGAACAGAAUGGACGGCCCGGCAGGAUACAUACAUCAAUCAUCUCCUUUGAGGGGAAAUAAAUCACCCGUCAGGCUCAACUUGUCCAAAAACAGGUAGAGACAUUGCACAUGAUCAUUAAUAAGACAAGAGAAUACAGGAAUUAAUACGAGAACUGAAAAUCUUUUCUCUGCUUUCAAGAACCCACUAACUUCAGAGUGCUUUGGAUUUUCUUUAAGCACCUCAUCAUAUCCCUUACCUGGACAUUACUGCUUCGUGAAAUAUUACAGCAGACCUUCAUUUUCUCAAAUAUAAAUCUCCAGUGCCCUUGGACUACCCAGGAAAUGUGAGAUCAGGUUGUCCUGUUUACGUAUUGUCUUCCCCUCCUGAUCUCAGCUCUGCUAGUAGCAAUUGGAUUGGAGUUGCAGGCACCAGUCAUCAUCCUACCACAGGAUCAUCAAUGCAACGCCAACUCUCCUGAAACAAGAGUCUGGGAAGACCUGCUUGUACUGAGAUAUCAAAUAUUCAGCCUUUGUUUGGAUGUAGCAGCACAGGUAAUAGAGUCAGUAGCCAUAUUUCCUCUGUAGGUCAGGGAGCCACCAAAGUACUCUCCUCUACAUCUGAUGUCAGCCUUGGUCAUAAUCCGGAUAAAACAGCUGAAUUCCAGAGAUGAAUAGCCAGUAGUGUCCUUGACACCAAGGUAGCAUUUGACCAAUAUGGGACCAGGAAGUCCUAAUAAUAGGGAAAACUCUUAGAGUGAACUUAGCACAAAGUACGGUGGUUGUUGUUGGUCAAUCAUUUCAGUCCCAGAACAAUACCGCGGGAGUUCCUCAGUAAAAUGCCCAUCAUAAGUCCAGAUGGGGACAUUCAUUGACUACUGCACAUUAUUCAGUUUCAAUCGCAAAUCCUCAGAUAAUGAAGUAGUCCAUGACUGCACGCAUUAAGAUCUGGAUAACAUUCAAGUUUGGGUUGAUUUGUUGAAACAGUUUGAAACUGUUACUUUCUAUAAGUGCCAGACCAUGACCAUCAUCAACACGACUGAAAUGUCCAUGUGAACUAAUCCCUCUGCCUCAGGAUCACAGAGCAUGUUGGCUGUAGGGACAAUCCAGAGGUUUCAGCAAUAGAGGCAGCAUCAGAGCCAUUCAACCAGAAAGUGUCACGACUAAAAUACGAAUUAAAACAGAAAAUGCUGAAAUACUCAACAUGUUGUGCAGCAUCUAUGGAGAGAGAAACAGAGGUCAUGUUUCAAGCCAACAGAGCAGGGGGAUUAUUAAACCUGGUCUUUGACUGGAAACAUUAACUCUCUUCCCACAGAUGCAGUCCGACCUGUUGGGUAUUUCUAGCAUUUUGUGUUUUAUUUCAGAUUUCCAGCAUGUAUACUUUUGGAUAAUUAAAACAGGAACAUUUGCCGGAAAUAAUGAAACCCUUGGUUGAGAGCUGUAACUUGGAGUUGGAAGAGUCAAAUGUUUCCAAAAGCAAGUGCUGUUUUGAUAUUACAUGGUUUAGUGUUCAUAUUAAUUGCACUUUAGGAGUCUUUAAAAGGAAUGAUCUUUUUUAUGAAUAUUUUGCUUAUGUUUAUUUUAAAUCAGAAUAAAAAAUGGUGUUUUUAUACUUCUGACUUUGUUGCAACAUUGCACUGAUGUUUACACAGACAAGGCAGUCUCCAUUGGCAAGCCUAGCAGUUAAAACUGAAAAUUGUUUUGCUUGGAAUGAAUUGUAUUGGAUUAAUCAUUUACUGUAAGCUUGACCAUAAAAUGUAUAGAUUACAUGAUAACAGCAAAUAAUACAUUAGGCAGGUAAACUUUACCUGCCAUGCUGAAUAAUUCAGA